AUGUCUGAAACCGGCAUAAAAUUCUGUCCUCGCACCCUAUUGACUGCCAGUAUAUAUGGAUGCACGUGUCCGGUGAUGGAAUGGACAUUUGACAACUGGUUCAAUCAAAUCACUAGAUGUCUGAAGUCUGGAUCACAUAUUCAGCCAAUUGAUAACAUCAUUGUUAUACAGCAGGAAUUCCAAUAUAUCAUUACUGUUCCCACUAACAGAAGUGAAUUCAAUGUUCUUGAACAUUCAUUUUCCAUGAUCAAUAACUUGGACUACAUCAAUAAUGGAUGCAUACAUUUGACAGUGCCCUACCUGGUCCAAUAUGACAUCCUCCUCCUCUUUCUCUUUGUGUUCCAAUGUCCUGAGAGCGACCAAUUUAAUGAUAGUGUGCAUGAAUGCCCGAGAAUGCUGUAUGAUGCUUCACUUCCAAAGAUCAAGGACUACAUGUCUACAUCUAUUCAGAGCCAUGGUGCCUAG